AUGAGCGGGCUAGAGAGUGAGUCUGCGCAUUGUGACGAAGUACUGAAGCUCAGGGAAGGAGUCUUCCGGCGCACAACUUCCGGUGUCUAGCCUGGCAGUUGGGGAGGGGAAUAUGGACUGCGGUGUCGAUGCAAGCACGAAUGACAUUAUCACUUACAAGCACCGCUGACACUGCUCGCGCUCUCACUCUGGGCCCCAAUAGAAUCACUGUUCCAGCUGAAGGUGAGUGUCUUUGAUGUCGUGCGCUUGAUAGGCAUGCAUGCAAGAGCUUCUGCUGACUGCCAGAACCUCUUGGCAUGCCCGGCCUGCAGUUCACAGCAAAGUCUUUGCAGAGGCAAUCUCGCAAAGCGACGAAGGACGAAGCGAGCGAGAAGGCCAAGUUGAAGAAGGUGCGUCUCCACCCUGUAGCUAUAGCUACGGUCCCGUCCUUACUUGCGCAGAUUUCGCUCAUGGUGCAACUGCUGUACAUCUACGCACACGGAGACAGGCUCUCGCACAGGGAAACACUGAAGGUGCUAGAAUUUAUGCGUCGAAUGCCAUUCGCAAGAAGAAUGAGGGCUUGAACUUAUUGAGGCUGGCAAGCAGGAUCGACGCUGUAGCUAGCAGAGUGGAGACGGCGGUGACCAUGAGGCAGGUGCGUUGCAGAAUCCAGGCCACGUGUGCUGACUAAGGAAAGCCUGAAGGGCGCUUUGUAGCUGCCUGAGAGGAGCGGCUUGUCGCCACUGCGUGUGAGGAUGUUCUCACGUUGUUCUAUGCAUCCCUAUCGGCAGGUGACUGGCAGUAUGGCGUCAGUGGUAAAGGGUAUGGACAAAGCUAUGGAGUCAAUGAACCUUGAAAAGGUACGUCGAGCAUGCAAACAUCAUCUUGCAAGACGAGAGCGCGCGCCUCGGCGUGCGUGCCAAGCUAACUCUGACGAGCUUGAUCACCCUCGCAGAUCUCUCUUGUGAUGGAGAAAUUCGAGCAGCAGUUCGAGGAUAUGGAUGUGCAGACUUCCUACAUGGAAGGCACAAUGGGCGCCACGACGGCCCAGACUACGCCUCAAGAUCAAAUCGAUAGCCUCUUGCAACAAGUGGCAGACGAGAAUGGGAUCGAGGUCAAUCAGCAGCUUGGCGAGGCUUCUUUGGAAGGCAAGGUUGGCCCACUCAAGAGCGCUGAACCAACUCAAGCUGUCGCAGACGACGCCGAUGAUAGACUUGCCGAGAGACUCAGAGCUCUUCGACCUGCUACUUGA